UCAGGUAUAACUAACAACCACAUCAUCUAGCUGAAUCAAAAAAUCACUUAUAGUCCUGUACACACGCGUAUCAAACCCCUAUAUCCCCUUUUUUUCACUAUUUGUUUGUUUGAUAUUACGUUGAAUUCAUAUAUAGAUGCAUAACCACUAGAGAUGCCCCAGGUGAAAAAUAGUAAAAAUAUACUAGAGGACUUUGAAAAGUCUAAACUCUUAGUAUUUCUCGAGAGUUUAACAUUUAAUCUUAAUGCCAAAUAUUUGGAUUUAGAGGAUGUGGUAGAAAAGGUUGAACAAAGUUUACCUCCAAUCAUAUUGGUAACCGAAUUGUUUGAAUUAGUUAGUGAAAGUUUAGCCAGUAAAGUGAUUUAUCAUCCAGAUUAUUCUUUAAUUGCUGGUAGAGUCAUAGCUCAUAAAUUACAUAAACAAGUCGAUCGAACUUUUAGUGAAAAUAUUAAGUUAUUAAGAUCAUGUAAAAAAUCUGCCAGAUCAAAUAAUCAUAAGAAAGAAUAUUCAUUAAUUUCAGAAUCAACUUAUAAUUUUGUUAUUCAAAAUGAAACCGUUUUAAAUUCUUUAAUUGAACCAUCAAGAGAUUUUGAUUUAUCUUAUUUUGGACUUAAAACAUUAGAAAAAUCAUACCUUUUAAGAAGAAACGGAGAAAUAUCGGAAACUCCGCAAUUUUUAUUUUUAAGAGUAGCCAUAGGUAUUCAUCAAGAUAAUUUAGAUAAUGUGGUAGAAACUUAUGAAUUAAUGUCUAAUAAAUAUUUUAUUCAUGCCUCACCAACUUUAUUUAAUGCAGGAACGGAUUAUGGUUACUUAUCAUCAUGUUUCCUUCUUGCCAUGGAAGAUGAUUCAAUUGAUGGGAUUUAUAAAACUUUACAUAAGGCUGCCUUAAUAUCAAAGGCUUCAGGAGGUAUUGGAUUACAUGUUCAUAAUAUAAGAGGUACUGGAGCAACCAUUGGUAGUACCAAUGGAACUUCAAGUGGAUUAGUACCCAUGUUAAAAGUAUUUAAUGAUACUGCAAGAUAUGUUGAUCAAGGAGGUAAUAAAAGACCAGGAGCUUUUGCAAUCUAUAUUGAACCAUGGCAUAAUGAUGUAUUUGAAUUAUUAGAUUUAAGAAAGAAUCAUGGUAAAGAAGAAAUGAGAGCUCGGGAUUUAUUUUAUGGACUUUGGAUUCCGGAUUUAUUCAUGACCAGAGUUAAACAAGAUCAAGAAUGGAGUUUAUUCUCUCCUGAUGAAGCUCCAGGUUUGGCCGAUUGUCAUGGAGAUGAAUUUGUACAAUUAUAUGAAAAAUAUGAACGAGAUGGAGUAGCCAGAAAGACUGUUCGAGCUCAAAAAUUAUGGCAUGCGAUUUUAGAAGCUCAAACUGAAACUGGUGGUCCUUAUAUAUUAUAUAAGGAUGCUUGUAAUUCUAAAUCCAAUCAAAAGAAUUUGGGUACAAUUAAAUCAUCUAAUUUAUGUUGUGAAGUAGUGGAAUAUUCGUCACCUGAAGAAACUGCUGUAUGUAAUUUAGGUUCAUUAGCCUUACCAUCAUUUAUUCGAUUAACUGAAACUGAAUCAGGUCAAGUUUUACAAUAUGACUUCAAGAAAUUACAUUCAGUGGCUAAGGUUUUAACCAAGAAUCUUAAUAAAAUCAUUGAUGUUACGAAAUAUCCUAUUGUAACUUCAAGAAUCUCUAAUAAAAAGCAUCGUCCAAUAGCGUUGGGAGUUCAAGGAUUGGCCGAUGCCUUUCUUGAAUUAAGACUUGCAUUUGAUUCAGAAGAAGCUAAACAACUUAAUAUUCAAAUCUUUGAAACUAUAUAUCAUGCAGCCAUUGAGGCAUCAAUAGAAUUGGCUAUAAAGGAUGGACCAUAUGAAUCAUUUUCUGGAUCUCCUGCUUCAAAGGGUUUACUUCAAUUUGAUCUAUGGAAUCAUAAACCAUCUUUAUUAUAUGAUGAUUGGGAUAUACUUAAACAAAAGAUUAAGAUUCAUGGUCUUAGAAAUUCUUUACUUGUAGCUCCUAUGCCAACGGCUAGUACUUCACAAAUUCUUGGAUUUAAUGAAUGUUUUGAACCUUAUACUUCCAACAUUUAUAAUAGAAGAGUAUUAUCAGGAGAAUUUCAAAUUGUUAAUAAGUAUCUUUUAAGAGAUUUAAUUGAUUUAGGAGUAUGGAAUUCUGCAUUAAAGAAUAGAAUCAUUCAAGAUAAUGGUUCAAUUCAAAAUAUUCCUAAUAUCCCCCAUGAAUUAAAGGCACUUUAUAAGACAGUUUGGGAAAUAUCUCAAAAAGUUAUAGUGGAUAUGGCCGCUGAUCGAGGGAAAUUUAUUGAUCAAUCUCAAAGUAUGAAUAUACAUAUGCAAAACCCUACUUUUGGGAAAUUAACUAGUUGUCAUUUCUAUUCAUGGGAAAGGGGACUUAAAACAGGAAUGUAUUAUUUAAGAACUCAAGCUGCUGCUAGAGCCAUACAAUUUACCGUUGAUAAGGAAGAAUUAGGUGAACUUUCCUUUGAUAUGACCAAAUUAAAUCGUCAUAAAUAUUUAGCAGUCGAUUCCAUUGAUUUACCUCAAUUGAAAUUGAAUUCAUUAGAUUUCAUACCUGAUCGUAAACGAGCUAAAACUAAUAGUUAUUUUACUCCAGACUCAUUAACUAGAUCACCUACCAGUUCUCAAGAGAGGAAAGAAGAUUCAGUUGUUAAUGAUUUAACUUAUGAUAUUUAUGAUUCUACGCCUAUUGCUUGUGAUAUUAAUAGACUGGAUGAUGGUACGUGUGAUUCAUGUUCGGGUUAAAUCUUGUAAUUAUUAUUAUUAUUAUUAUAAUAUGUACAUAGAAAUACUCUUGUAAAUAGUUAGAAAGAGAAUUAAAUAAUUAAAUAAA